AUGCCAAGAACAAUCUCCAUCCUGCUCCCAACGCGCCCCGAGGGAGCACCUAGAGACGAGCGCCGUACUAGAAACACGCACAACAAACAAGUGCGGCAUGUGAAUGUGUUUAACACGGAAUGUGUCAAACAUCAGGACUUGUACGUCAAAGGCCACUCGUACCCAGGCUACUCCAGCUACAUCAUGAUGGGGAACAUGAACGACUCCUACAUGAGCAACGGUGGCUCCCUUUCUCCGCCCAUGCCCAGAACGUCCCGUCACGGCUGUGUCAAGCAGACAAACCGCAUCAUAGCAUUAGACCAUGCCUCUUCAAAGAUCUCCUCGAGUUGGAGUGCCUGGAACGUGUUGGUCAUUGUACAGUGCGGUGAAGAGCGAAGCCACACACAGAGCAUGAGUGUGCUUCUCUUUUAAGUGUAGCCAACAAGAGUCCACCGUGGUUUGUCUUUCUGUCAGCACUCCCCACCCAAAAUGUUUCUGUCCAUCUUGAGAUGUUUUUCAAACAAUGAUGUUGGCCAUAAUUUUUGUUGUUGUUUUUUUUCCAUGAAGACAAUUCUAAUUUCUGUCUAGGUAUGCGGAUAGUGGGUUUUUUCCCAUAAUGCAAUAUAUGAGGCACAGGACAAUACAUUCAACUUUUUAUAAUAUUGUAUGUAUAGUAUGUAUUGUAAACAUCUGUUCAAAAUAACAUUUCAACAUCUGUUCAAAAUAACACAGCUUGUGGUGUUUUUUCUCUCUGGCGACUUUGUGUUUUAAUAAAAAUGUUAUUUUUCUUAUUUUAUUUAUUUAUUUUAACAUAUUCAUGUUGAUGUUCCAAUCUGCAAAUUUGUGAAAAAUAA